UACGUAUACGUACACUCAAUAACAUAUUUGAUAAAUAUGCAGAUUAACGAGAAUUAGAUGGUGAUACUAUAUGAAGAAUUGAUUCCUAUGUAUUAUGGUAUUUUGUUUAGGGAUUGAAUGGUAAUGGAGGUGUUGAACUUACAAAAUACGAGUCCAUGAAGAAUCCUAGACAAGGUGGAUUUAAAGCCACCACUUUCAUCUUUGCAAUGAUGUUACUGGAUAACAUUGGGUUCGUGGCAAACAUGGCAAGCCUGGUGCUGUAUUUCUUGUUUGUGAUGCACUUUGAUCUUGCUGGUUCUGCAACUACCACCACAAACUACUUGGGCACCGCUUUCUUGCUUACCCUCGUCGGAGGAUUCAUCUCUGAUACCUACAUGAAUCGCCUCCACACUUGCCUACUCUUUGGCGCUAUCGAAUUGUUGGGAUAUUUGUUGCUGAUUAUUCAAUCUCAUUAUCAUAAGUUGCAACCUGAAGCUUGUGAGGAGUCUAGGUGUGUUCAUGGUAGUAAAGCUCUACUGUUUUACGCAUCUAUAUGCUUGGUGGCGCUGGGAGGUGGUGGAAUCAGAGGCGCAGUGCCUGCUCUAGGUGCUGAUCAGUUCGAUCACAAUAACCCGGACCAACGCAAGAACAUAGCCAGCUUCUUCAAUUGGUUUUUGCUCAGCAUAACCAUUGGGGCUUCAAUUGGAGUCACUGUUGUAGUGUGGGUAAGCUCAAAUGUGGGAUGGGAUAAAGGCUUCAUCAUCUCCAUGGUUUGUGCUUUUGGUGGUCUAUGUUGUGUUUCAGUAGGAAAGCCAUUUUAUCGUGUUCGAGUGCCCGGAGAAAGCCCCUUAUUAAGCGUUUCACAGGUUUUGGUGGCGACUCUAAGGAACUUGAAGGUACAACUGCCUCCAAACUCGAAAGACUUGUAUGAGAUACAUGACCCUGAGUCUGCAGCAAAUAGAGAACGCAUUCCUCAUACCAACCAGUUCAGGUUACUAGACAAAGCUGCUGUUCUUCCUGAAGGCACCAAGCCGGAAAAAUGGAGAGUUUGCACAGUGACUCAAGUAGAAGAAGUAAAGAUCUUGACAAGGAUGAUGCCCAUCCUUUUGAGCACCAUCCUGAUGAACACAUGCCUAGCCCAGUUGCAGACCUUUUCAGUCCAACAGGGGACCAUCAUGGACACUAGCCUCGGAGGUUUUAAAGUCCCGGCUGCCUCAAUUCCUGUGAUUCCUCUGGUGUUCAUGUCCAUUCUCAUACCUAUAUACGAGUUCACCUUUGUUCCUCUUGUGAGGAAAAUAACAGGUCACCCAAAUGGCAUCACUCACCUCCAGAGGGUGGGAGUGGGGCUGGUUCUCUCGGCCAUCUCAAUGGGCAUGGCAGGGAUCGUUGAGGUGAAGAGGAAGAAUGAACUCGUCCACCACAAUCACCCGAUCAGCCUCUUCUGGCUCUCAUUCCAUUAUGCAAUAUUUGGGAUAGCUGACAUGUUCACACUAGUUGGGCUGAUGGAGUUCUUUUACAGUGAGGCUCCGCACGGCAUGAGGUCUCUCUCCACUUCUUUAUCAUGGGUGUCCCUGUCCAUUGGAUACUACCUGAGCACAAUAUUUGUUGAUCUCAUUAACACGGUGACGGCUAAAGUCACUUCCAGCAAGAGAGGGUGGCUGGAAGGGCGUGACAUGAACAAGAAUCACGUUGAGCUCUUCUACUGGUUUUUGGCAGUUCUCAGUGUGCUCAACUUUGCAAAUUAUGUAUUCUGGGCGAAAUGGUACAAGUACAAGAAUGAUGCCCCGGUUGGCGAACAUAGGCCGUUGAUUAAAGGACCUCUGGAUGAAUCAUUAUCUGUUUCAGCUGUGAGUAUGAUGAGUGUUAAAUCUAAACAAGAAGAAACCAAAAAGGAGGCUUACGGAAUAUAAUAUGUAUCAAGACUGGCUAGUAGUUAAGAUCUUUGUGGAGUUGAGGGCUCGAGAAUUAAUAUUAGUUUUGUAGGUAAUGGAGUAUAUAUAUUUCUAAAUAAAAAAUGGUGCAAUGUGGUCC